GGAGCGGAGAGACCUGCAAACACCCCAAGCUGGCAUUAGCCACAGCUCCCUCCCCAGCACAGAUCGCCAGGGGUGCUGGCGCGGGAAGGCCAGUCAGUGCGUGGAGCCAGGGCUCCCCACCUCUGAAAGUGCUGCCUGGGCUGCCUCCAAGGACCCAGCAAGUAGAACGUGCUGAGCUGGGUCAGGGCAGACGCAUGAACUCCCCUGUCCACAGCUGCAGCCACGUCAUGUGUCAGCUGCAUAAUGGGCAAGUCCGCUCCCCGACCUGCCAUGGCGAAGCUUGCACAUAGUUGUAGCAGAGAGGAAUUGCAGACAAGGCGGCGGGGGCUGGAAGCAGGUGGGACAGGAGGUGCUGAUGGUGUAACGCUUGUGACUGCAGCUCCAGGAAGUCUUUGAGGACGUGGCUGUGUAUUUCAUGCGGGAGGAGUGGGAGCUGCUGGAUGAUGCAGACAAGGAGCUUUACCAGGACCAGAUGCUGAAGAAUUACCAAGCCCUCGUUUCCCUGGGAUAUCGAGGUCUCACUCCUGACUUAAUAUGCCGCAUCCAGGGAGGACAGGUGGAGCUGUGGGUCUGUGCUGAUGAGGACCACAAGAGAAUAUCAAGGUCGGAGUGCCUCCUGCCAGGUGAGUUGUUGUGGCAGGCCCCCGUGCCCGACUCCCUUUCUCCUUCGCACCUGGCCGGGCACCAACUUAUCCACACAGGGGAGAAGCCACACGGGUGCCAUGAGUGUGGGAAGGGCUGUACCCAAUCCUCCAGCCUGGCCCAGUGCCAGCACAUCCGCGCAGGACCGAAGCCAUGCCAGUGCCCUGUGUGUGCAAAGAGCUUUGUUCUCCACUCUGACUUGGUUAGGGACCAACUUAUCCACACGGUGGAGAAGCCACAUCAGUGCUUUACAUGUGGGAAGGGAUUCACCGAAUCUUCCAACCUUGCCCGGCAUCAGCGCAUUCACACGGGGCCAAAGCCACGUCAGUGCCUUGUGUGUGGGAAGUGCUUCAGGCGCUCCUCCCACCUAUCCCAGCAUCAGCACAUACACACAGGGGAGAAGCCAUAUCAGUGCUCUGUGUGUGGGAAGAGCUUCACUCAUGCCUCCAGCCUGGUCCAGCACCAGCGCAUUCACACAGGUGAGAAGCCACAUCGGUGCUCCACCUGUGGGAAGGGAUUCACCCAGUCCACCACGCUGGUUCGCCACCAGCGCAUCCACACAGGUGAGAAACCACAUCUGUGCCAUGAGUGUGGGAAGACGUUUACCGUAUCCUCUAGCUUGGCUGACCACCAGCGCAUCCACACAGGGGAGAAGCCAUAUCAGUGCUCCGUGUGUGGGAAGAACUUCGGUCACUCCUCCCACCUUUCCCGGCACAGUCGCAUCCACACACGAGAGAAUCUACAUCAAUGCUCCGUGUGUGGGAAGAGCUUCAUCCAGUCCUCAUACCUGGCCCUGCACCAGCGCAUCUGCACCAGCAUGUCCACACCUCAGGAGCAUCCAUAAUUCCGCCAACAGUGCAGUAAACACUUGUGGAUGUCCAUUUGCUGAGCACCUGCAUUCAGGCAAGCAGCCACAAGUUGGUGUAGAGCAGAAAGAGUUCACCCAGUAUUUGGCUCUUUUAGGGUACUGCAGAACCCAAAGGAGUCAGAGGCUGCGCCCAGUUGUGAUUGGGUUGUGGGGGGGCUAAAAAAAAA